UUGUUAUUGCUUAAACUUAAAUAAUUACGUAAUAAAUAAUAUCUAUUUAAAUUGUGUAUUAAAUGUUUUAAUCCAAGAGACAAGUUACUUAGCCGCCGAAAAGACGCAAACAAAUCUUUACACGGAAAUAUAACAAAAUGGACGAUAAUUGUACUCCGAAAAUACUGCGCUCCACAGCAAAAUUACCAGAAACACCAGCCUUGGAACGCAUUGGAUAUGGAACAGGUGUUGGUGUGUUCAAUUUGCAAAGAAAAGAUCAGUCGCCGUGGGCAGCAAAAAUUAUUAGUCGUAAUACUGGUAGAGAUCGCAAACAGUUUAGCAACCGUUUGCAGUUGGAAGCAAAAGUGUUAUCGUCACUCAACCAUCCUAAUAUAAUUGGCUACAGAGCAUUUGUCAAAAGACCUGAUGGCCGAGAAGUACUGUUAAUGGAACAAUGUGAACAGAGUUUAAUUGAUUUGAUUGAAAUACGCAAGGAAGAAAAUCUUGGACCAUACCCUGUAGAAUAUAUUACAAAAGUUGCUGUGGACAUUGCAAAAGCCUUAGAUUAUUUACAUUCUUCUUUGGUAUUGCAUGGAGACAUCAAAUCUGGAAAUAUUUUAGUGAAAAAUAAUUUUGAGAUUGUAAAGCUUUGUGAUUUUGGUGUCAGUUUACCUUUAAAAUCUGAUGGAACAUUGCAUAAAAUUAAAGGCUGUAAAGCAAUUUACAUUGGGACUCCUUGUUGGUCUGCUCCAGAAGUAUUAAAAGGUGAAGAAUGUUUGGGAGCCAUCAUUACAAGUAAAGCUGAUAUUUUCAGCUAUGGCUUAGUACUUUGGGAAAUGAUGACAUUAUCAUUUCCAAACUCAAGCACUGCAAUUGAUGAAUCAUAUUAUACUGGUAUCAGUGACGACUUGGAUGCUCAUUUAGGUGAGCGACCACCAUUACCUGACUAUUUAGCAAAGGAUCUGAGGUAUAAACAAAUUGUUGAGCUGUUCAAUAUGUGUACAAUACAAGAUUAUAAAAAGCGACCUUCAGCAAAACAAAUAUUGCAGUUUAUGGGUAUUUACUAACCUUUAAACAGUUAUAUUUUGUCCAACUAUAAUUUUAGUACAACUAAUCAAAUUAUUUUUUUAAUUUUUGAUGUAUUUUAUAGUUUAUAAGUGUACAUAAAAAAACAUCUUAAUUGUUUAUAAUAUGUUACCAAUAAAAAUGUCUUCAAACUUAUGAAAGUUAUCAUAUUCUAGCAGGAUCUCUAACUAUUGAUACUAAAUUAUAUUUAAUUUCUAAACUUUAAAAAAAAUUAUAAUAUCUAUUUUCUUCAGAAAAACACAUUGUAUUUUAAAACUAAAUUUUAACUUAACAUCUUAAUUCUUACAGAGUUAAACUCACUAUUUUAUUCUUGUACUAUUAUUUAUUUACUAUAAAUGUUUUUGUAAUAAUAUCAAAAA